UUUCGUCGGACAUGAAUCUAAUACAGAGCUUUUUCUUCGCUGCUGCAGAAAGUUAAUAGCUUGUUAUCUGAACCGUUAUAACAUUGUUUCCACAGUCACCUGGUUACCAUAGUUACUGCUAAACAGGAAGUCAAUGGCGGCGCGCAACAAAGCUACUGCGGUGGCAUUUGGGAGCUGCCAGGAGCGGAAGAUGAUUCCAACUCACGGUGCACCAAAUCGCAUGGGGAAUGAGCUGCUCACAUUGCAGCGUUCACCGACGCCUGGCCCUGGUUGCUAUGACAGCCAUGUGGUGGGUACGAUUGUUUAUAACCUGAAAACAAGACCAGAGAGUAAGAAAGGCUAUGCUUUAGCAGCCCGCACUUCUCCUCGCUUCCGCCCCUCUCUCCAGACAGUCACUCCAUCACCCCAGAAAUACCAGCAGGACUGGAGUGUGUCACAAAUGUGUUCUCCUGGAAAAACAUCAGUCAACUCCACCACACCGAGGUUUACGUCCAAGUCUGCUACAGUGAACUCCAACCCUGGACCUGGUGCAUACGUGCUUGAUGGCCCAUGCAAUCAGAGGGUAUCAUGGCCGAUGAAGUUUGGCUCACCAGACUGGUCCCAAGUGCCCAUGCUGGAGAGAAGGGCACUUCGCACAGAGCUCCCAUGUGACAAGGAGUUCCUGAAACAUCGCAACAGAGUAGCAUAUCUACGCUUGCACUAUUCUUGAGUUUGCAGGAACAGUAUAUUGUGCAAAUCUGAUUUAGGAUCCGAGCACAUCGUUAAAUAAUAAUUAAAUUAGAUACUGGCAUUUGUCA